AUGCUCGGCUAUGAUUUUGAGGCAGCGCUAGAUGCAGCUUAUGGCUCAGCUAUGAGACACUUUGUGAAUAGAAACUCGUGGAUGCCUUAUCGAUUUGAAGAUGUCCUUGCUGUCUAUAAGAAGCCACAUGGAAAUGGGAAAAAUAUAAUUAUUGCUGAGAUUAUGAUUAAUAGGUCGUCAACAGAAAUCCAAGACUAUAUUUAUGAUAUCCAGAACUGAAAACACUGACACAAGCUUUAUAAAAAAUCGAAGCUUUUGGUGGAACUGCAAAAUAAUGUUAAAGUAAUCUAUUUAGCUACAAAACAUAUUGGGUUUAUUAGAGGACGAGAGUUCAUACUAGCCAGCAAAAAAUUUGAAAUUAACGGGUAUAAAACUGUGCUUUUUACAAGUGUCGAGUAUGACUGCUCGUGUUUGUUUUACAAAGUCAAAGCCUGAUGUCACUUUUUUUAUUUUGUGAUAAACCAGAUAAAUGAAAAAGAGUCAUGUUUAACUUUGCUUUGCCAUUUUGACCCUAAAGGUGUCAAUCUUUCUGCUUUGAAUUCGAAAAUCAUACACAAGUUUGUUCGAAAUCUGAUAGGACUGAAAGCCACAUUAGAAAAAACUUAA